GUUGGUAUGACACCAUGAAUUCACCUUACACAGCUGUGCAGUAUUAUCCAGAGUUUCCCUUUCAUCGACUCAGGGAUUCUUCAUCACGUUUGUCCUGGAGAGAGAGCUCAUUCCUCACCAGUAUGUCCCAGAAUCAGUCAGCACAGACUGCUGACCUCUUCGGCCAGGAUGUAUUUAAUCAACUUUUUGACAUGCUGGACCAAUCAGCCAUCCACACUGUCCAGCCGAUUGAGCUGAACUUCACAGACAGUCCAACAGAUGGAUCUGCAGGAAAUACCAUUCAGAUCAGUAUGGACUGCAUAACCAUGCAUGAGCCAGAUGAGCCGCUUUCUGAGCUGAGUAAUGUUAGCCUGCGCAUCCCCCAAGGGGGCCUGUGCUCUCUUGAACUGGUGAUUAAUGGCCCCACCCCCACCGCCCACUUUCCUCUGCACCGAAGAGGGCGUGGUGUGGUGAUUGGCAUGCCAGCAACUCAGGCAACAUCCAUGUGGGGUUUGCUGCUCAGUGCCAUGGCAGCUUGCCAAUCACCAAGCCCCAAUUAUUAUUACCAAGUCAAGACCCUGUUUUGA